AUGGUGCAGAAUUUGAGCCAGCAAAGUGAUGUUGCAGAUCUGUUGGGAGGUUUUAAACCUAUGAAUGCACAGUUUCUAUGCCUUCCCCUUUAUCAGGAGUUUGAAAGUCUCUUUAGAAGUACCUUCUCCUUAAAGGACAAUGAGAAUUUUCUUGCGAUAUUAAGAAAAUCAGUCAGUGACAAGAAUUGGAACGUGUUAUCUAGUGGUUUACAAAAGGGUGUUCGUACAGUGGUCAAAAUUGGAACGCAGAAUCCUGAGGGAGUUUUUAUCACAGCUUUUAAAAAUGGUUUCUAUUGUACUAGUAAGCGAAUAUUUUAUCACAAGUUAGAGAUGCUUAAAAACUUUCAGAACUUGGAGUUUUGUAGUCAAUUCUACCGGUCUUAUUUUGUGAUGAUUGUGCAAGAAAUAUUUAUUGUGCCGACCAACACUUCCCAUAAACUGGGAUUUAGGCUGCAUGUGUUGGGCUGCAGCACUUAUUCUGCCUGCUCUAAUAAGGCUAGUGCACUGAUAACAAAUAUUUGUCAAAACCUGAUUACUACUACAAAAUCAGUUCGAAACAACGAUUACACAGUGGUGUUACGUGGUGAUUCGACAUUAAGAGGUCAUUUUCCAGGGGAACCAGAUGCAGUUGUUUCAGUACUUGGUGAAAUGGAUGCUUGGAUCAUUUGCCCUUUUUUCUUACAAGGAGGUCAUUUCACUAUUGAAGAUGUACAUUUGCCGAUUCUGAUCAGUACUAUACUUCAAAACCCCUUUUGUUUGACCACAAAAUAUAAAUCAAUAUUGGGUUGA